AAGAUGGAUUGUCAUCUCCCGGCCCAGCAGGACCCAGGCACCACUGAUGCUGUAAUUGGCCAGGAUCCAAUGAUUACAGGGCAGCUCAGCAAGCCCCUGCUCUCCCUGCGCGGCGAGCCGAGCGCGGCCGAGCUGAGGGGAGACGACGCGCCAGCCACCCCGGACAGCGAGCUCAAUGAGCCCCUGCUGCUGCCGGCUGGGGCCACCGACGGAGACGACGCUCCAGGCAAGCUCUUCGGGGCCCGAGGAGGCUUUUCUCAGUGUGAAGCUAGCAGCAGCCCCUCCGAUCAGACUCAGCUCAACCAAUCCCACCCUGCCUACCCAGUGGGUCCACAGUCUCUGUUGGCGGCCCAGCAGUUGGCAUCCGCGGUGGCAGGGGUGAUGCCCGGGGGAGCUCCAGGUCUCAACCAGCCCAUCCUUAUCCCCUUCAACAUGGCUGGGCAGCUGGGGGGGCAGCAAGGCCUGGUGCUCACGCUCCCGACCGCCAAUCUCACCAACAUCCAGGGGCUGGUGGCAGCCGCAGCAGCAGGUGGCAUCAUGACCCUACCAUUACAGAACCUACAAGCUACCUCAUCCCUGAACUCGCAGCUCCAGCACCUGCAGCAGCUGCAACAACUACAACACCAGCAACACCAGCAGCAGCAACAGCAGCAACAGCAGCAGCAACAGCACCCAGGACAGACGCACGCCCAUUCCCACAAUCAACUGACAGCCCAGCAUCCACAGCCUCCAUCCAACCAGCAGCAGUCCUUGUCAUCUUCCUCCUCAUCUUCGUCCUCCUCCACCUCCUCCAACUCGUCCUCCCAUGGCGCUGUCCAGCCCCCACAGUCCCUCUCCGGAGCUGCCUCUCCCCUGCACAAACAGAGCCACUCGCCGGCACGCAGUCUGCCCUCCCCAGUGACCCCACCCACCCCCCUCCAGAUGAACCCGCUGGCCAGCCAGGCGGCAGCGGCGGCCGCAGCGGCGGCGGCUAUGAGCUCCAUCGCCGGCUCCCCAGCCUUCGGGAACGCCCUCCCGGGCCUGCAGGGGGCCUCUGGACAGCUGGUCACCAACGCACAGGGACAGAUCAUUGGAACAAUCCCGCUGAUGCCAAACUCUGCUGGGCCCGCAAGCCAAUCAGGGACCGGGACUCCAGGGCUGCAGGUCCAGCCAAUCAUGCCGCAGCUUCUGACCAAUGCCCAAGGCCAGAUAAUUGCCACCGUUAUUGGCAACCAGAUCCUGCCAGUCAUCAACACCCAGGGAAUUACACUGUCACCUAUCAAACCAGGACAACAGCUGCCUCAGGCACAGCAAGGACAGACAGGCCCGGCAUCCUCCCAGGCCAGCCUCCUGCACCUGCCACACGGCCAGGCCUCUCUGUCCCAGAGUCCCAUGCGUCAGCCCUCUUCCUCCUCCUCCAGCUCCUCUUCCUCAUCUGCCCUCAGUGUUGGGCAGCUGGUUAGCAAUCCACAGACCGCUCCUAGUGAGGUGGAUGGGGUCAACCUAGAGGAGAUCCGCGAAUUUGCCAAAGCUUUCAAGAUCCGCCGCCUGUCCCUGGGCCUGACGCAAACUCAGGUGGGCCAGGCCCUUAGCGCCACCGAGGGACCUGCUUACAGCCAGUCUGCCAUCUGCAGACACACCAUCCUGAGAAGCCACUUUUUUCUACCACAGGAAGCCCAAGAGAACACUAUAGCUAGCAGUCUGACAGCCAAACUGAACCCUGGCCUUUUAUAUCCUGCCAGGUUCGAGAAGUUGGACAUCACCCCAAAAAGCGCCCAGAAGAUUAAGCCCGUUCUUGAGCGAUGGAUGGCCGAGGCCGAGGCCCGGCACCGCUCCGGAAUGCAGAACCUGACCGAGUUUAUCGGCAGCGAGCCGUCUAAAAAGCGCAAGAGGAGGACCUCUUUCACCCCCCAAGCGCUGGAGAUUCUCAACAGCCACUUUGAGAAGAACACACACCCCUCCGGUCAGGAGAUGACGGAAAUCGCGGAGAAACUGAACUACGACCGGGAGGUCGUCCGCGUCUGGUUUUGCAACAAGAGGCAAGCGCUGAAGAACACGAUAAAGCGGUUAAAACCGGACAUGGUCUCGGCCGCCCCAAUGGACCCACUCACUGACUCAAUGGAGGAACACGCCUAA